AUGAAGACCAUCGCCCUGUUGAUAGGUGUCUUGGCUUGGGCCUCGGCGGCUUCAGUCGAUUUAUCAAAAGUUAAACGCAUUGAAGACUUGGACCAGUUUUGGGAACAGUUGGAUCCGUCUUUGCGAAUUCAUCGUAGAACAAUGAUGGCUCCGGAUGACAGAAUAGUGAACGGCGAGGAGGCCCAGCCGGGACAGUUUCCAUAUCAGGUAGCGAUAGUCAGUUUCUUCCAGGAUGGCAGUGGGGGAUUGUGCGGUGGUACAAUACUGACACAAAACUUCGUAUUGACCGCUGCCCAUUGCGUUUUUAUUGGAUCAUUGGCUACCCAUGGAACCGUCACUCUUGGAGUUCACAAUCGAGCGGUAGAAGAAGAAAGCCAACAGAGAAUCGCUCAUGGCACCAUCAAAGUUCAUCCAAACUAUUCAUCAACGUAUUUGCGUAACGAUAUCGCCACCAUCCAACUGUCAACUCCGGCAGUGUUCAACGAAUUUGUUCAGCCUAUCGAUCUUCCGGCAAUUUCGGAUGAUCGCUCAUUCGCAGGAUUAACGGGGAUCAUCUCAGGAUUCGGUCGGACCUCCGAAGAGUCCGGCUCGUCUCCUUCGGAUGUGGUCAUGUUCACUAGUAAUCCGAUUAUAACCAAUUCUGAUUGUCUCUCGGCGUUCCACGAUGAAGUAAUUCAAGCUCAGAAUAUUUGUUUAUCCGGAGAGGGCGGCCGGUCGGUGUGUCAAGGUGAUUCCGGUGGUCCGCUAACCGUUCGGGACAAUGAUCGCAGUCUACAGGUUGGCAUUGCGUCGUUCAUUCACUGGAAUGGGUGUGCCUCCGGUAAUCCUUCUGGAUAUGUCCGCGUCUCACACUUCCUGACUUGGAUAGGCGAAAACUCGGAUGUUGUGCUGCGAAACUAG